AUGGUAACCCGUGUAGCCCACUGUGAGAGGAUGCAGCCCAAGUAUAGCAGCCUGGGCAACAUCAGUUACGUCACCCAGAUGGACCAGAGAGCUGUGAAACACUUCCUGUCAAGGCUCUUUUUUAUGGUGAUGCUAGUCAGUGCUGAUUCCAGUAUGGCACUUCACGCCCAAACUUUCAAAAAAGAUGAUCCGUACUCCGGUCGUUCGUUAGUGUGUGAUCGCUGUCCACCUGGAACAUACCUCCGCGCGCCCUGCAGUGCCACCCGAAAGAGCGACUGUGCUAAAUGUCCCAACGGGGCAUACACCGAAUUUUGGAACCACAUCUCCAAGUGCCUGCGCUGCAGCAUGUGCGCUGAGAAGCAGGUCGUCAAGCAGGAGUGUUCUCCAUCCAACAACCGCGAGUGCGAGUGCAAGGAGGGUUACUACUUCAACAAGAGAUACGACGCAUGCAUCAAACAUAAAGAAUGUCCCCACGGGUAUGGAGCGAAUACUACAGGUACACCACAACAAGAUACAGAAUGUGUGCAGUGUCAGCCCGGAUUCUAUUCUGAUGUUUCCUCUGCAAAAGCAACCUGUGUUGCCCACUCAAACUGCCAAGCUGGUGGACUGCGCGUGGUGCUUAAAGGCCAGAGCUGGCACAAUACACUGUGCACCUCAUGCGAUGACCUCAAAACUCGUGAUGGAGCUGAAUAUCUGCAUGAAAUCCUUCCUGCGUUCUUAAUUCCACUUUACCAGAAAAUGGGCAUCAAUAGAAUGCGUCGGUUAGUAAUGAGGCUGCCACAAGAGGGAGGCAAGAAAAUGCUCAGAGGAACAGUCAUGAAGCUUUCUAGGAGGGGUCUUAACGACUUUAUGAACAGUUGGGACCAAGGUGCAGGGAAAGACCAAGUUAGGAAACUUCCGGAGAUGUUGAGGAAGAUAGGGGCACGCAAUGCAGGAGACAAACUACAGCGUAAACUGGAAUAUAUAGACCAACAAUCCAAACUCUGUGAGCGGUUAGUUGAAGUAACCUAAAAUGGGUUAAAGUAGCCUCUCAUCCCCAUCUUCUGAAUAACAUAUCUUGACAGCAAAACGUAAUUCAGUUC